AUGGCACCGCGGCGGGCCGACGAGGGCUCGGGCGGCUCCGCCUACAUCGCCGAGUUGCGCGACCGCGCCGAGCAGCUCGAGACCGAGGCCAGGCAGGCCUCCAUUGUCACCAUGGUGGCGGCGACCCACCCAUUCGCCGGCGGCAACCUCGCCCUCGCCCUCGAGGAAAAUUUGGAGGUGCGAAUGCUCGGGCGGGAAGCGGCGGCGCUGCGCCUGACGACGACGGAGCACCACGGCCCCGCGUCCAUCAUGGUUGCGCUUCGGUCGCGGGACUUGGCCGUGCAGCACGCGUGCGUGCGCCGCGUGGGUGGCACCACAGUGCAGGACGCCGUCGUCGACAUACCCGCCACGCUACUCCACAAGCUGCAGCAGAAAAUCGAAGAAAGAUGGAAGGAAGAAAGAAGGCAGGGGUGUAUUCGUCUUUUUUCAUAA